AUGUCGCUCGCCUCGUUGAAACGCAAAGACCUCUUCCAGCAACAUGGGCUCAUCGGCGACAAAUGGGUCUCGUCGUCUGGCGGCGGCACAUUCACCGUCACAAAUCCAGCAACUCUUGAGACUCUCGCUACUCUUCCUGAGAUGAACGGUGCAGACACUGAAUCUGCCAUCACAGCCGCGCACACUGCGUUCCAGUCCUUCAGAAAGACUACUGCCCGCCAACGCGCUACCUGGCUGCGGAAAUGGCAUGCCCUCUGCGUCGAGAAUAUCGAUGACCUGGCGCUCAUCCUAACCGUCGAGAACGGCAAGACUCUCGCCGAGGCGAAAGGCGAGGUUCUAUACGCUGCAUCCUUUCUUGAAUGGUUUGCUGGUGAAGCUGAGCGAGUUCACGGCGAGGUCGUCCCUGCUUCAAAUGCCAACCAGAGAAUCUUGACUGUCAAGCAGCCCCUCGGUGUGGCUGCUUGUCUUGCACCCUGGAAUUUUCCUAUCGCCAUGAUCACGCGCAAGGUUGGCGCUGCGCUGGCGGCCGGGUGCACGACCGUCUGGAAACCAGCGGGUGAGACGCCGCUGAGUGCGCUUGCGCAGGCGGUCCUUGCAAGAGAAGCAGGGUUUCCAAGCGGUACUAUCAACGUCAUUACGACGCUGAACAGUGUCGCUGAAGUCGGAGCGGCAUUAUGCAAUUCCAAGCUUGUGCGGAAGCUCAGCUUUACGGGCUCGACACGCAUCGGCAAGCUCCUGGCAAGCCAGUGCAGCCAAAACCUUACCAAGCUGUCUCUGGAACUCGGCGGAAACAGCCCUUUUAUUGUUUUUGAUGAUGCGAAGGUUGAGACGGCUGUCGAGGCCUGUAUUCUCGCCAAGUUCAGGAACUCCGGGCAGACCUGUGUCACGGCGAACCGCAUUUUCGUGCAGGAGGGUAUCUAUGACCGGUUUUCGGCAGCACUGGUCGAGAAGGUCAAGGCGCUGAAGGUUGGGAAUGGUGUCGAGGAGGGUGUGAUCAUUGGACCUCUGACGCAUGAGCGCGCUGUUGAAAAGGCCGUCGCCCAUAUAAAAGACGCGCAAGAAAAGGGCGCCUCCCUCCUCCUUGGCGGCUCCCCGUGCCAGCCCAACAACCUGCCAGGUUACUUCCUUGAGCCAACUGUGCUAGGCAAGAUGUCUACCGAGGCCCUCACAACUCGGGAAGAGGUCUUUGCACCAGUUGUAGCGUUGUACCCAUUCAAAACAGAAGAAGAGGUGCUCGCCAAGGCAAACGAUUGUGACGUCGGGUUAGGCAGUUAUGUCAUUACGGAGUCGAUGCCGCGCAUGUGGAGGGUUGCGGAGAGCCUGGAGGUUGGUAUGGUUGGGAUUAACAUGGGCACGCUGAGUGCCGCUGAGAGUCCGUUUGGAGGCGUCAAAGAAUCUGGCUACGGACGGGAAGGCGGACGCCAGGGUAUUGAGGAAUAUAUGACAGUCAAGAGUAUCUUGAUGAAUGUCGCGGCUUAG